GAGUUGAGCGCGCGGAAGCGGCGCGGCGUGCGUGGUGCUGUGCCGUGAGGGGCUCUGAGGGGCCGUGAGGGCCGUGCCGGCUGCCGCAGGAUGCCGAGCGCCGCCGGCCGCGGGCAGGGCCAGGACCGCCGCCCGGAGAACGAGGACUCUUCGGCGGCUGAUGAUUAUGCUAAGGAAAGAUAUGGAGUGUCAUCAAUGAUACAAUCCCAAGAGAAACCAGAUAGAGUUUUGGUUCGCAUCAAAGACUUGACAUUAGAGAAGGCUGAUGAAGAGGUUUGGGUUCGUGGCAGAAUUCACACCAGCAGAGCUAAAGGGAAGCAGUGUUUCUUAGUCCUGCGUCAGCAGCAGUUUAAUAUCCAGGCUCUUGUGGCUGUGGGACAGCAUGCAAGCAAGCAGAUGGUAAAGUUUGCUGCCAACAUCACCAAAGAGAGCAUUGUGGACAUACAAGGUGUUGUGAGAAAGGCAUAUCAGAAAAUUGGAAGUUGUACGCAGCAAGACGUUGAGCUUCACGUUCAAAGGAUCUAUGUGAUCAGCUCAGCUGAACCCCGACUGCCCUUACAGCUGGAUGAUGCUGUUCGACCAGAGGUGGAAGGAGAGGAGGAUGGAAGAGCUACUGUAAACCAAGACACAAGACUGGACAACAGAAUCAUUGAUCUAAGGACGUCCACUAGUCAAGCAGUCUUCUGCCUUCAGUCUGGUAUUUGUCAGCUUUUCCGAGAAACUCUUAUUCGCAAGGGAUUUGUGGAAAUUCAGACUCCCAAAAUCAUUUCAGCUGCCAGUGAAGGAGGAGCCAAUGUGUUUACUGUAUCCUACUUCAAAACCAGUGCCUACCUGGCUCAGUCCCCACAGCUGUACAAGCAGAUGUGCAUAUGUGCUGACUUUGAAAAGGUUUUCUGCGUUGGGCCAGUAUUUAGGGCUGAGGACUCCAAUACACACAGACACCUGACUGARUUUGUUGGUCUGGAUAUUGAAAUGGCUUUUAAUUAUCACUACCAUGAAGUGGUAGAUGAGAUUGCAGACACCUUGGUGCAGAUAUUCAAGGGACUUCAGGAAAGGUUCCAAACUGAAAUUCAGACAGUGAGCAAACAGUUCCCRUGUGAGCCAUUUAAGUUUUUGGAGCCAACUCUGAGGCUGGAAUAUCGUGAAGGCGUGGCCAUGCUUCGAGAGGCUGGUGUGGAGAUGGGUGAUGAGGAGGAUCUGAGCACACCUAAUGAGAAGCUCCUGGGACGCCUGGUAAAGGAAAAGUACGACACGGACUUCUAUAUUCUUGACAAAUACCCUCUUGCUGUGAGGCCUUUUUAUACAAUGCCAGAUCCAGCCAACCCUAAAACCUCUAACUCAUAUGAUAUGUUUAUGAGAGGGGAGGAGAUCUUGUCUGGAGCUCAGCGAAUUCACGACCCCCAGCUGCUGACAGAAAGAGCCAAGCAUCACGGAAUCGAUUUGGAGAAAAUAAAGGCUUAUAUUGACUCMUUUCGGUUUGGUGCACCUCCACACGCAGGUGGUGGAAUAGGGCUGGAGAGAGUAACCAUGCUGUACCUGGGGCUGCACAAUGUCCGUCAGACCUCCAUGUUCCCGAGGGAUCCCAAACGUCUGACACCCUGACCGAAGCUGCUCUGGGAGUUGGGGGUGCUCUGUCCUGCAAAUAGGAUCUGACUGCAGGCAUAGCCCCUGCUGCUGAUGAACGUGUGUGAUUGAUUUGAGCAUUAUGAUAUGCAAUUAAAAGCAAAAUUCUCCUUCAUAAAGUGCCACAGUAAUUUUUUUUUAUCCUUAGUUGUUUAUUUAAAGGAAAAUAUUUUAACAGAUCAGGACUCUUUGUAUUGGCAACUGCAUGUUUCUAAUGGGAAAAUGGGAUACUUUGAAUUAGUAUUUUGGUGUCACACUAAAUUGUAUCAUUUUUCUAAACAUUUUAAUAAAUUAUGCAAUAACCAUUUUGCAUUUUUAACUUAUGCCAGCAAGAUUGAAURUUCUAAAGUACUGACUCCAAGAUAAAGUGACUGGAUUUUUAAAGUGCAAUUUAAAAAUCUGGAGAGACCAGACGGCUGUUGAUUUACAUGAGUGUCAGGUAGGGAAGCAGGUGAGAAGAACAUUCUUAACAAGAAAUCUUCAUAUGAAGUUACUGAAUUAGGUUGAAAUAAAGCUCUCAAAGUAAAUUAGAUACAAAUCUCUCUGGUU